UUUUGUGAUAUACAAAAAAAAAAAAACAAAAAAAAAAUUAAAUAUAAAAAAACAUGUCGCAAGCAACGCCAACUGCCACAAAUGUUAACAUUGGUGUCAGUAGUACACCUAUACGCAUUGGUUCAGGGUCCGGCAGUUUUCAUGGACAACACGGCAGCAGUAAUAGUUCUGCAACUAUUGGUACAGCCCAACGUCAGCACCACCACUCACACCAAGGGGCUGGUACUGGUAAUGAAUCGUCUUCACCAGGCGGCUCAGCAGUCGGACAACAGUCGAGCAGUGUACCCACUACAGCUGUUGGCCAAUUGCAAAUGCAGAGUAACACUUCUCUAGCCAUAGGAGCAUCAAACCAGUCGCUCGGUGUGUUAGCAGGUGGCGCUGCUGGAGCUGGUAGUGCGAAUAUUACACCUCCAAACAGUGCUGGCAUCAAGCAAGCUGGUGGACUUGCCAAUUGGGCAACAGACUCGCGUGAUAAAUACGAUGGCAAUCAAACAGAUAAGACACCCACAGAUACAUCGAAAUUGAAUCGUAAAGAAUCAUAUAAGGCGCAACGUAAAAAUUAUCGACGCGAAAAGAAACGCGUUGCAUCGGAAUUAUUCAAUUCACUACAGGACCCCGCUGUGAUUGUGCUCGCCGACUGGUUGAAGGUUCGCGGUACUUUAAAGUCAUGGACAAAAUUGUGGUGUGUGUUAAAGCCCGGGCUGUUACUUAUCUACAAAAGUCCUAAAACAAAAAGUAGUCACUGGGUUGGAACUGUACUUCUAACAUCAUGUAAACUGAUUGAAAGACCCAGCAAAAAAGAUGGUUUCUGCUUUAAACUUUUUCAUCCCUUAGAACAGUCUAUAUGGGCACCACGUGGUCCAGACAGAGAAACUAUAGGGGCAGUCGUUCAACCUCUACCAACCGCUUAUCUGAUAUUUCGUGCACCAAGUCAGGCGGCUGGUAAAUGUUGGAUGGAUGCACUAGAACUCUCGCUACGUUGUUCGGCUUUAUUGUUGCGUUCGAAUAGUAACACAGGCAAUUGGCAAAGUACUAAUGUUAAUGAUAGCGGUCAGAUAUCGCAUGAAACACAAUGGUCAGAAGCUGAUUAUGAAAAGCAUUUCGAUGAGCAUGAUUUGGAUGCCGAUAGUCAAAAUGAAGGUGGAAAUCUUCCAAUGUCGGGCGCUGAGUCAGGAGAAACUGAUUCAGAUGCUUUAGAACAAGAUGAUCGAGACUUACUGUGUGAUGGCGCAAAAGAAACACGUUACGUGGGGCUUAUAGAAGAAGAGUUUAAUCAGCACGUCGGUGAGCAAGUAGAAGAACUAGCUGAAGAAAAUAAGAGCUUAAUAUGGAUAUUGGUGAAACAAGUCCGUCCAGGCAUGGAUUUAAGUAAGGUGGUUUUGCCUACUUUUAUUUUAGAACCACGUUCGUUUUUGGAUAAAUUAUCUGAUUCAUAUUAUCAUGCAGAUAAAUUGUCGAGGGCUGUCGAAGAAGAUGAUCCAUUUACACGUAUGAAAAUGAUUGUUGAAUGGUAUCUAUCAGGAUUUUAUAAGAAACCCAAAGGCUUAAAGAAGCCUUAUAAUCCUAUAUUGGGAGAAACAUUUCGUUGCUAUUGGGAGCAUCCUAACGGCAGUCGUACAUAUUAUAUAGCUGAACAGGUUUCACAUCAUCCGCCAGUGUCGGCAUUUUAUGUAACUAAUCGACAAGAUGGUUUCUGUAUUAGUUGCUCUAUAUUGGCUAAAUCAAAAUUUUAUGGUAACAGUACAUCAGCUGUACUUGAAGGUGUUGCCACACUUACACUUCUGCCACGUGGCGAAAGUUAUACGUUAACCACACCUUAUGCACACUGUAAGGGAAUUUUAAUGGGCACACUUUCAAUGGAAUUAGGUGGCAAAAUCAAUAUAGAUUGCGAGAAUACAGGAUACAAAACAGAAUUAGAAUUUAAACUUAGACCAUUCUUAGGUGGUAGCGAUCACACGAAUUUAGUUGUUGGUAAAAUAAAAUUAGGAAAAGAAACUUUAGCUUCAAUACAAGGUCAUUGGGAUUCGGAAAUCUUUAUUAAAGAUACAAAAAGUUCUGAAGAAACAUUAUUGUUUGCAGCAAAUAAGGAAACAAAAAUGAAACGCUUGGUAAGACAUGUUGUACCUUUGGAAGCGCAAUUACCUACUGAAUCAGAAAAACUAUGGCUACAUGUGUCAGAUGCUAUAAAAAGGGAAGAUCAAAUUGCUGCUACUGAAGAAAAGACGGUGCUUGAAGAAGCACAGCGAAAUGGUGCUAAAGAACGAAAAGCGAUGUUAACUAAUUGGAUACCUGCACAUUUUCAACAGGAUAUUUUAACUGGACAGUGGAUUUAUAAAUAUGCCGAUUUACGUCCCUGGGAUCCACGGAAUGACGUUAAACAAUUCGAAUGCAAUUAUAAAGUAUUAACAAAAACCCGUCACCAAGCGCCUUUGGUUCGUACUACAAGUGUUCUUAGUGGUGAUCAAAUGCAUGUUGUAGUCACUGAUUCAAUACCAAUGCCUGUAAUCACAGCACAACGUAAAGUUAGAAAUAUGAUACAAGCAGAACAAAAUGUUUCGGACUCAAGUCAAUCGAAUGAUGAAGUGGUGUUGAAUGCAGUGACAGACAAAUCUCUUAAAAGAUUGGCAACAUCAUUGGAUCAAGUCAAUAGAACUUUAGAAGAAAAUUCCCGACAAUUAAGAAUUAUAGAGCUUAAACUUGAACGUAUGGAAUAUGCACCGCCAUUUACGACUUGGAAAAAUCCUACUGAAACGGAUGUAGCAGUUUCGAAACUUAUGCGUGGGCUACCUAGUACAGUACCGCAGUCUUCUGUAGUAAAAGCUGUUGCAUAUGGUGUGAUCAGCGUAAUAUGUUAUGUUAUUCUAAAAUGGUUUUUUAAGUAAAAAAAAAUGUCUAUAUUGCAUGAAAUUUAAUACGCUUCCAUAUGGCUUAUGAAAAAAUAGAACCCUGCCUCAAAGAUAAAUAUGCUCUCAGGUUAUUGAUUACACGGUAUAAUACACAUUAUAAAAUACGGUUUCAUUGCUUGAUCAUUUUCAAAAUUUAUUACUGUAAUCUAUGACGGCAAACUUUAUAUAUCCUUUCCACUAUAGAAAGAUUUUUAGUAUUAAAUUAAAAGAGUUUGUAAAUUUCUUUGUAAAAUUAUUUAAUCUAAAAUUAUUUGCAAUAUUUUAUAUAUAAUGCACUAAAUUUGUAGACUUGCUGACAUGUAUCAUUUAAGA